ACAAUACUGGUGUACAACAGUGAAACCUAUCAACGAUUGGAAGUUGUUGAGUUGCUCGUCUCAAGCCCACUUGUUGGUGUUACCGGAGAUGAUGGACCUGUUCGAGCACAGAUUGAGCCCUAUUUCGAUUCGGUCACCGGUGAAUUCAAAGGAAAUUAUUUGAUAUUUUCACGUCAGUAUUGUGAGUAA